CGAAAAUUUGCUAAUACCCGACGCAGAUGAACGCCUUACCAUCAAAAAUAUCUGAACUUCGACAGUUUUCAUUAUUUUCGCAACUUUUCGUGUCAUUAAAUCGAAAUGUAAUGCACAGAGGGAACUGUGGUGAGCUGUAAGGCCGAAAGUCAAAGGUGAUGGCUUUCGACGGGAAUUUAGUGUCUGUACUCCAGAGUCUUGUUGAGGCCUUCAGCAGCCCCGAGGAAGACUUGAUGCUCUGUAGUCCUAGACUGGGGUUUUCUGACGAGGAGACAGAGGAGGCGAGAGAAGAGGAGGAGGUUGCUCUGAGAAUAGCCAUUGAGGAGUGGAAAGCUCAAAGAACUUCCGCCAAAAUCACAUGGGAAGCUACUUUAUCACAGAAGGAUUUUCUCACGACCUUUAGGGUGACACGACCUCUGUUCAAGUACCUGUUGUAUGAAUGGGAACGCGAGCAACAAGCCGAUGCCUGGAAGGCAAGAGUUCAUCCCGCAGAAAGGCAGGUCUUAGCAGCCCUAUAUUACCUCGGGAAUUUGGAACCCAUCACAUCUGUCGCAGAGAGGUUCUCUAUGAUGCCAUCAACAAUACACAGUGUUAUCAUGACCUUCACCAACUUCAUAGAGACUUUGGGAGACAGAUACCUCUCCUGGCCAAAUGCACAGGAAAAAAUCCGCUGUUCUGAGAUAGUGAGACAAAACGGAGGUCUUCCUGGCGUUUUUGGUGCUUUGGAUGCAGCACUCAUCAAGAUCCGAGCUCCAGCAGGGGACGAGAAAGCACACUAUAUCUAUAAGAAGGUUUCAACAGGACUGAAGUGUGCAGUUGUGAUGCAGUUUGUGGUUGAUGCGGAGCUGCUGUUGCGUGAUGUUCAUUUAGCUGCUCCAAGUGAUGCUAACCGUGCAUCAAUAUUACAGACAUCCAGGUUAUGGGAACUUCUGCACUGUACUGUUGCGGAGGAAACACACAUAGUUGCACCUGCCGUGUAUCCUUUGGCUCCUACAAUCAUGAUUCCAUAUGUAGGAGAACAGCUAAGUCCUCAAGAAACAACCUUCAAUGAACUUCACUCGGAGGCAUUCAAACUCACAAGGAAUGUCAUGACAGCUCUGAAGUCACGCUUUCGCCGCCUGCAGCUCCUCGACCAGAAGCUCACCAAUAUCUUCAAGAUAAUCUCAUCGACUUGCAUCCUGCAUAACAUGGCAAUUAUGAGGGAAGGGCCAGAGGUGUUGCAAGACCUCCAGAUGUCGUAUAGGAGCGAGACUGACGAGGAUGGAUGGCACGCACUCCCUCAGGAAACAAUAGCAGACUUUGGGAUCCUCGGAGGAGAGGAGAAGAGACACUACCUGACCACUGUCUUGUCGUGAUUAGUGUCGUCUUGGCUCUCCUCAAGGCCUUUUUUUGUUAUUAAAAUUGUGAUAAAUAAAGCAAGAAAGCCUUAA